AUGGAUGCUUAUAGUCCAUCUCACCCAACAGAUCAGGAUAUGGAUGUUGACAGUGAUUCCGCUCCAACACCUGAACAAGAUGCACAUUGCAAUCAGUUGUCUGAUAGUUUCACAUCCAAUGUGGUUCCUUUGCUAUUUCAGACGGAUAUUCCUAUUGCUACAGUUGAUUCUUCUACCACUGCGAACGAGAUUUUAGCCCAGAUUCCCGCAACGGAUACGCAGGAGAUUCCAGACAUCAAGGAUGAUUUGUCCAAGACGAAUGGCACUUGUGAUGGUCAGGAGACUGCGGAAAAAUCUUCGACUGAGACCAUUUGGACCGACAUACUAGUGGUAAAGGAGUCGAUUCGUCCAAACGAAGCAGUCAAUCUGGUAGAAGACGCAGUCGUUCAAGAUCCCAUAAACGAAACCGCAGUCGCUCGGACGAUCGCCGGCGUAAAAGGUCUCGAUCCCAUUCGAAAAGUCGACACUCACAUACGCGUCGACAUUCAAGGUCCCGGUCGCGAGAAAGACGUCGCC